AAAAGAACAAAGAGGUGGCACAAAAAAGGGCAAUCGAAAGUACUGCCUCUCUCUUCUCAAUCUCAGAGAAAAAAAAAUGGUCCGAAACAACACAAACUAGGGUUUUCAACAAAAAAAAUCACCGAAAUCUGAUCGUCUCAGGUGUCUUAUCAAUUGAGAAAUUUUGAUUGAGUUUUCAAUUUCAUUAUGGCGUGGUUUAGAGCGGUAUCUAAUAUAUCAAAACUAGCAAUUAAGCGUAAUCUAGCACAAGCUAGAUCUUCAUCAUACAUAAGUCGAACACAAUUAAUCCGAUCACAACAACAACAAUCUCAAUAUUUCCAUUCAUCAGUUAUUAGAUCGAAGGCAGCUCCAUCGAGUGCGCCGGUUCCUCGUCCUGUACCAUUAUCUAGAUUAACUGAUAGUUUUCUAAAUGGGACUAGUAGUGUGUACUUGGAGGAAUUGCAAAGAGCAUGGGAAGCUGAUCCUAACAGUGUAGAUGAAUCAUGGGAUAAUUUCUUUAGGAAUUUUGUUGGUCAAGCGUCUACAUCUCCUGGUUUGUCUGGUCAAACUAUUCAGGAGAGUAUGCGUUUGUUGUUACUUGUGCGAGCAUAUCAAGUUAAUGGGCAUAUGAAAGCGAAAUUAGAUCCGUUAGCGUUGGAGGAGCGUGAAGUUCCUGAUGAUUUGGAUCCUGCAUUGUAUGGGUUUACUGAAGCUGAUUUAGAUAGAGAGUUUUUUCUCGGGGUUUGGACUGUUUCAGGGUUUUUGUCUGAGAAUCGUCCUGUUCAAACUCUUAGAGCGAUAUUGAAUAGGCUUGAGCAAGCGUAUUGUGGGAGUAUUGGGUUUGAGUAUAUGCAUAUUGCUGAUCGGGAUAAGUGUAAUUGGUUGAGGGAUAAAAUUGAGACACCUACACCUAGGCAGUAUAAUUUGCAGCGUCGUGAAGUUAUGCUUGAUAGACUUAUGUGGAGUACACAGUUUGAGAAUUUCUUGGCUACGAAAUGGACUGCUGCGAAGAGGUUUGGGCUUGAAGGUGGAGAAACUUUGAUUCCGGGUAUGAAGGAGAUGUUUGAUAGGUCGGCUGAUCUUGGGGUUGAGAGCAUUGUUAUCGGUAUGUCACAUAGAGGAAGAUUGAAUGUUUUGGGUAAUGUUGUGAGGAAACCACUUGCACAGAUUUUCAGUGAGUUUAGUGGAGGUAUAAAGCCUAUCGAUGAAGUUGGACUGUACACAGGGACUGGGGAUGUUAAGUAUCACUUGGGUACUUCUUAUGAUCGACCAACUAGGGGUGGAAAAAGACUUCAUCUGUCUUUGGUCGCAAACCCUAGUCAUUUGGAAGCUGUUGAUCCACUUGUGAUUGGAAAGACUCGAGCAAAACAAUACUAUUCAAAUGAUUUGGACAGGACAAAGAAUUUGGGUGUGUUGAUUCAUGGUGAUGGUAGUUUCGCUGGACAAGGUGUAGUUUAUGAGACUUUGCAUCUUAGCGCCCUUCCAAAUUAUACGACUGGUGGGACUAUCCACAUUGUGGUGAAUAACCAAGUGGCUUUCACGACUGAUCCAAUGUCUGGGAGAUCUUCCGAAUAUUGUACUGAUGUUGCUAAAGCGUUGGAUGCCCCUAUCUUUCAUGUAAAUGGUGAUGACUUGGAGGCUGUUGUUUAUGUAUGUGAGCUCGCAGCUGAGUGGAGACAGACUUUCCAUUCUGAUGUUGUUGUUGAUAUAGUUUGUUAUCGUCGAUUUGGGCAUAAUGAGAUUGAUGAACCGUCUUUCACACAGCCUAAAAUGUAUCAAGUCAUCCGUAAUCAUCCAUCAGCGCUCGAGCUUUACCAAAAGAAGCUUUUAGAAACAGAGCAAAUUACAGAAGAAGACAUCAAAAGAAUGCAGAAUAAAGUUAACACAAUCCUCAAUGAAGAGUUUGUUAACAGCAAAGAUUAUGUUCCUAAAAAAAGGGACUGGCUUGCUGCUUAUUGGACUGGUUUCAAAUCCCCUGAACAGGUUUCACGUGUUCGAAACACGGGGGUGAAGCCUAAGAUUCUGAAGAGCGUUGGAAAAGCGAUCACAAGUCUUCCAGAAACUUUCAAGCCUCACCGAGCAGUAAAGAAGAUAUUUGAACAACGUGCCCAGAUGAUUGAAACUGGGGAGGGGAUUGACUGGGCAGUCGGAGAAGCACUUGCAUUUGCUACAUUGCUAGUGGAGGGAAAUCACGUAAGGUUGAGUGGUCAGGAUGUUGAAAGAGGUACCUUUAGUCAUCGGCAUUCAGUUAUUCACGAUCAGGCAACAGGGGAGAAGUACUGCCCUCUCGAUCAUGUUACCAUGAACCAAGAUGAGGAGAUGUUUACAGUCAGUAACAGCUCGCUUUCUGAGUUUGGCGUUCUUGGGUUCGAAUUGGGAUACUCAAUGGAAAAUCCAAAUUCAUUGGUUAUAUGGGAAGCACAGUUUGGUGAUUUUUCAAAUGGGGCGCAGGUGAUGUUUGAUCAGUUUUUGAGUAGUGGAGAGUCAAAAUGGUUACGUCAAACUGGGCUUGUAGUGUUGCUUCCUCACGGUUAUGAUGGUCAGGGCCCUGAACAUUCUAGUGCAAGAAUGGAGCGAUUCCUUCAGAUGAGUGAUGAUAAUCCCUAUGUCAUACCUGAAAUGGACCCAACUCUUCGGAAGCAAAUCCAGGAGUGCAACUGGCAGGUUGCAAAUGUAACAACCCCUGCUAAUUAUUUCCAUCUCCUGCGGCGUCAGAUACACAGGGAAUUCCGAAAGCCACUAGUUGUCAUGGCACCUAAAAACCUGCUUCGUCACAAAGAUUGUAAGUCAAAUCUAUCUGAGUUUGAUGAUGUCAAAGGGCACCCAGGUUUUGACAAGCAAGGGACCCGUUUCAAGCGUCUUAUAAAAGACCAGAAGGACCGUUCUGACCUUGAGGAGGGUGUCAGGCGUUUGGUUUUGUGUUCUGGGAAGGUCUAUUACGAGCUUGAUGAAGAACGGAAGAAAGUCAGUGGUGAUGACGUUGCAAUCUGCAGGGUGGAGCAGCUUUGCCCAUUCCCUUACGACCUUAUCCAGCGAGAACUGAAGCGUUAUCCAAAUGCUGAAGUUGUUUGGUGCCAAGAAGAGCCAAUGAACAUGGGUGGAUACAACUACAUUGCUCCACGUCUGUGUACUGCCAUGAAGGCUUUAGGUAGAGGAACCAUGGAGGACAUUAAAUAUGUCGGUCGUGGCCCAUCAGCUGCCACCGCCACUGGUUUCUACUCGGUCCAUACAAAGGAGCAGACUGACCUAGUCCACAAGGCACUCCAGCCUGAGCCAAUCAACUAUCCUUUUUGAAGUAACUUUUGAAAUCUAAAUCCUAGAGAGUAGGUAUGCAGAGGAAGGCACAUUUAAUAAACUAAAUGUUAUUUUGUAUAUUUCGGUUUAGGUUAGGAUAGAGGAUUUUAUCCUAACCCUUCAAGGGAGGGUGGUGAUGCCCUGCAGAUGUUUCAUGUCUGUGUUACCUUUCUUGUUCGAUUGUAAAUCUAAAUUUUGUGUAAUUUUGUUCCGCUUACUUUGUUUGAAAACAUAUUCCCCCAAGUAAUAGUGCACUAGCCGUGUGCCUCGGGGUGUGCUGUUGCAUGAAUAAACGCAUUACUGUGGCGAACGGAUAAUAUCAUCUUCAUUUUUUCUUU